UGUCUCGACACAUUGACCAGCACCACCAAGCAACAACGACAACUAUUUACAAAAUCAAAGGAAGACAGAAAAUUCAUUCGACUGGACAUUGGACGGAGCUAACGAAUCCACACAGAAUGGUCCCAGAUAAGCCAGAGUCAUCGUCCUCAACGAAAGCACCCCUGCGAUCGGGAAUCAGUCCGGGACUACAUCCAGCACCCUCCUUUGCUUCUUUGCGUCAAGCCAACACCCACAGUCUUGCUUCUCCACUCUCCGCAUCAGUCGAUAAAACCAGUGCAUUUGCAGAGACUGGCGAGGUUCAAUCAGGAAGAGCGUUGAGCGUUGGCAGAAGAGCGCGCGACGAUUGGAUAGUCAAUGGUCAAGAAAAAGCUCUGGCAUCCGAUCCGAAAUUUCGUAAAUAUGCCAGUCUGUUGGAGCGUACUUUACUUUCGAUCGACCAAGUCAACGAAUGGGCCGAUUUCAUCACUUUCCUCGCCAAACUCCUCAAAACACUUCAAUCCUAUCCUCAAUACUCUAUCAUCCCUCACAAGCUAAUCGUCGCAAAGAGGUUAAGCCAGUGUCUCAACCCUGCACUGCCUCAGGGUGUUCAUCAACGGGCUCUGGACGUCUAUGUCUAUAUUCUUACAACAAUCGGCCUGGAUGGUCUCAGGCGGGAUCUUCAAGUUUGGAGCGCAGGAUUAUUCCCAUUCUUCCAGUACGCUGCUACUGCCGUUCGACCGAUUGUCUUGGGACUUUUCGAAAAGUUUUACCUACCACUCAAGGCUGAUCUUCGCCCUUCCAUCAAAGCUUUUAUUUUGGCCCUUUUACCUGGAUUGGAGGAGGAAACCGGUGAACACUUUGAUCGGGUGUGCUCACUACUCGAUCAACUUUCUAGUGCAAUCUCACUUUCGUUCUUUCUGCAAAACCUUUGGUUGGUCUUGAUCACCGGGCCAGGAUAUCGAAUUCCAGCUAUCAACUUCCUCAGCCGUCGCAUGCCUCCUCUCAAACCUCAGGAGACGAUCGUACCGAUUGUCGGCCAGGAUGUGGGUCUGAUGAUCAGGGGGUAUUCUGCCGCACUCGAAGAUGGAAACAUCCUUGUUCAACGUGGUAUCUUGGACUUAUUACUGUCCAAUUUGAAACUAGAUAGCUUUGGCUUUUGUUGUGACACUAGACACCGUGACAGAUUACUUCUAACCCGAGCUGCUCUGGGUGUUGUUCUCCGGCGGGAUCUCUCUCUCAGUCGCCGUCUCUAUACUUGGCUCAUGGGCCCCCUACCAACUGCUGAAGAUAAUUCAAUCAAUCAAUCCAAAUACUUUGAAGAACAUGGAUUAGAUUUGGUCGUCGAGUCCUUGCGUCAAGAUAUGAUGGCAGACUACGUCAACGCAGUAGUCGAACGCCAAAGACCGUUCAAAGUAUUUAUAGCUCUACUUGAUAAAUGGGAAAUUGGGGGUCCGUUAAGCAGAGCUCUCGCGUUGGACGCUUUUAGGGCCUUGCAGGUAGUACUGAAACCUGAAGAUACACAAGAUGAACUAUUACUAACUGCAAACAUGAUGUUUGAUUCACUGGAUCCAUUCACAACCUGGAAAAGCAUCUUUGAAUCUAUCUCACAAUACGCUGAUCCAACUAAAGAAUCUGACAACUGCUUAGCUUUAAUUAAGUUUAUUCUGGGGACCUUCAGAUUGCACGACGAAGAACUUUUGCGGGUUCAUAUCCCAUUGCUGGCUACUGCAUUGGUUUGCAUUGUAGAUCAAUCUAGCCAUGCUUAUCCUGAUUUCUCACUUAUACGCUCACAAGAAAUCCUAGAAGUAGCGACAACUUUGUUCCAAGACCUUCCCAACAACUUCUUUGACUUGGAUAAUCCAUCUGCGAGCCCGCCGAUGAGCCACUUAUCUGGUUUAGACCUUGCUCGACGAUUUUAUUCUGCUGACAGUCUCAAGCUGGUGAACCCCGAGGACAUGUCCCGUCUGCGAAAUUCCAAUCUAUGCUCUAGUACUUUUGCGGCUCUCCUACGAGUGAUCGGGCGGUUUGCCGCCGGAGAAGCCACACCUGCCAACUAUCAGGUUCUGAGUGCUUCUCUUACAUGUUUAGAUACAAUGAUUAAUUCUCUUCCAACGUCACUCGAUCAAAUUACUGUCGACUGGACUCCGUUGUCAUUUACUGAAUCGUUACUCUCGCAAUUGAGAAAAGUUGACCUUAAUGCUGCAGGGUUUGCGCUAUUUGAAAAAUCAGUAAAAGUGAUGUUGGGUUUAGCCGGUCCGAGUCGCAUUCAGCCCCCUUUGAUUCUCGAUGAUCAAAAUCUGUUGUCGACCCUAGUUGUUAAGCUUCUUGACUUCCUCGAAGGCCAUACUGCCCCGUUCUUUCUCCAAGCCGUGAAAUUAAUCUGGGAGUUACAAAAGAGUUCUCAAUUCCGACACGUCGAAACCAUCAUUUCCUCCCGUCUCACGUCUGAAGACCCGCGCGUUAGGGUGUCCGCUUUUGAAGCUUUUGGCAACCUAUGGAGACACACUGAGGAUGUCCAGCUACCUGGCAACUGUCUGCGAAUUCCUAUGCUUCUAGUUCUGGAUAGCUUGAAGAGUAACGAUUUGACCAAUCGCCGUUGCGGAGAAGCCUGGAUGCGAUGUAGCUUGAAAUCAUAUCUACGCGUCCUCGACCCUCUUUUUCGAAUCUUGCUUUCAACCGAAAUCCAGCGAAAGCCAUCGAAACAACAACUCGGUGACCAUUCGACCUCAAUCUAUCAUUACAUCUAUCCGUUUGAUCAGGCCAUUGUCCAUCAUACCUUGGAGUGCGUUCUAACGUUGGCGCGUUUCGGAGGACAAGGCUUCACUCGGAUAGCAAAAACUUGUUACAUGAAACACUCUCAUGAUCCAUUAGUCCGACAACUCUUACCCGCAGCGGGUUUGGAGUCAGCUUCUUACCUGGAUGCUCUCAUCAAGAUAAUGCUAAUGUUUAUUAACAGUGAUCCGCAUCCGAAGCUCACCUUGGCCAUGACAUCUCAUAAUCAACAGAUACAUGCAACCACUGCUGACUUGCUACAAAUGUUGGUAUCUCGCGGCGACAUUCCUCCAGCUGAUCUUGGAUUGAUUGAGGAAACUCUGAGCUUUCGCUUACUGUUGUUAAUCCGGAAUCGCGAUUACAACCUACAAAAUAAGCUUUUACACGCUCUUCAUGCAACCAUAAGCGUUGUCACAUCAACACCACAAUCCCGUCACAGUAUCUCUCCAGACGCAACGACAUCUAAAGACAAGCCAGAAAGCGAGAAUCCAACCGUAAACCAACUGUUUACCAUCCUUGUUGGAGAUGGAAUCACCACUCAAGCAAAUACGGCAAUCGUUCAUCAUUGGAUAGAUUUUCUUUUAAUGACUGUCCCACAAAUCAGGCGAUCACUUGAUGAGGUCGUCAAACCACUAAUCGAUCGACUUGUUCACCGAUUGCGCCUGUUGGUAUUGGAACUGGAAAAGACCUAUCAAAUGAAUGUAGAACACAAUUUGGAAUCCGAUUUUACCGAUUCUGACUUUUCCGUAUUUGUAAACGCCUUGGAACGCUUGAUGGUUGUUUCGAUUGAGGGUGAAGGAGGGUCUGCGGGCACGACAGAGGCUAGUGUCGGCAAAAGCGCUAAUGAGCGGCCGCUGCCCUCAGAAUCAGCUGGUGGUUUAUUCGCUGGGGUUUUUAACGUUUUGGGCUCAUCUGAGAUAUCUACCAACUUACCUCAAGAACGGCCAAAAACAGAAUUCCAGCUCCGAUUGGGAAAUGUGGUCUGGAUCCUGAUGAAAGCUUGGGACGUCUCGCUGCAAAUCGGCGACGAAAAAGAACCUGAAUCCUCCAACUCGAAGCUCUACUUCUCUGUCCGGAUAAAGCUACGAGCGCGUAAAGCGUUUGAGCGUCUCUACAAGGCAGUCCCAAAUGAUGUCAUCGUCGCUAUUGUUGACUAUUGGCACUCGGAGGUUGAGUCAAAAUCACCCAAUUUGAGUGAAGAUAACAUGUUUUUGUUGCUAGAUCACCUUGCUCCAAGUGCUCAAACAAUAGUGUCUAUGUUGUAUGAGAGACUCGCCUCCUAUGGACAUUUAGCUGGAACGGACAAAGGGCGAGCAACUGCUUCAACAUGUUUCCUAUCGGAAAAUGUCUUGUUCAGCUUUCUAGAAUCAUACAUCUCAAGAUUGGAAGGCCCAAUCGCAGUUCAGAUGUGGAACUCAUCUUGGAGCUUUGCCCGCGAUGUGUUGGCAAAUUCAACUGUCAACAAAAACCAGUUGUUUCCAACGCUCAAGUGCUUCACCAUUCUGGCUGAAAAAAUCAGUCAGACCAGUGCAUUGGAGGACAGGCGGAUGAGACGCGACCUCCAAGAUACAUUUGUGAAGUUGUGUGAUGCUGUCAUUCAGACAGCAGGCAAGCACCUAGAUCAGAUGAAAGGCAAGCCAGACUACAACGGUGACCACCCGACGGUAUCAGUAGAAAAGGAACCACCGGCUUCUCCCCUUGUGGCAUCAACCACUCUAACGGAUCAAACAAAAACUGGCGAUUCCGACAAACCGGUAACAGGGGCUGAAGCCGCCUUGUUUCUAUCGGAAAAAGCGCUACCUAGCUGUCGCCGGUUCCUGAUUGAAUCAGAUAGACUUCAAGCUGUUUGUACCAACAUCAUGUAUUAUCUUGUUACCCCAGCGUUUAAGGCACGGAUUCGUUCCCCAGAGCUAGAUGUGACUAUUCUAAGUUUGCUGGUCGAAAUGACAAAGCAUCCGGCGGCGAACAGAGCCUGGCGCACCUAUGUAGUUGAUAGUCUAUCUGAUACUAAAUUCUUUAGUAAUUCACCUGAACUUGGUCGGCGCUGGAGACCAAUCAUUCAGGCUCUAUUCAACACCGACAAAGAAAGAUUCACGGAGAUGUUGAGCAGGUUGUCAACCGUACCAUCUGCAAACAUUUUCACCAACAAGGAAGCCGAGAUGAUCACCCGAUCAAUGAGUCUUCGAAGAAUCACCUAUGCUAUCUAUGCCGCUGAAUACAACCGGUUCCUGGUUCAUUUACCUAGUAUCCAGGAAAAAGUCGUCGAUCUAUUGCGCUCAAGCGUUGGUGAGAUCGUACAUGCUGAGGUUUACAUUUGUAUGCGGGUUUUGCUUUGUAGGAUUGCAAACCAGCAUCUGGGAAGCUUUUGGCCUGUGAUUCUUACUGAGCUGACCCGAUUUUUCGAGGGACUCAUCGAGAAUGUUCCAGACAGUCCAAACGUGUUGGCGCUCGCAUUAUCGGCUUCGAAAUUUUUAGAUUUGCUGUUGGUUUUACAAACUGAGGAUUUCCAAAUCCAUCAAUGGAUGUUCAUCACUGAUACUAUUGACGCGAUGUAUCCGCCUGAUUCUUGGUUCCCGCAUGCAAUCAUUGAUCGGAUUGCGGAAACUUUACGAGAAACCUUAGCCAAUCAACUGACUGAUGGUAGAAGGGACUCGCCGUCACCUCCUCCGCUCUCAUCCCCUCACAUCCCUCGAUUGAUGACACCCAGUCUAUCACGAAACUCCUCCUUCAGUUUCAGGCCUCCUAACACACUCCGAGAUUUCAUUCACCCACAGCAUGGCUCUCAGAGCGCGACGAUCGGCCGGAAACCACUAUUGAACAAAAUCAAAAAGAUCGAAAACAUUCGACCACUCGAACGGUUUUUCUCCAAGAUCAGCAUGAUGAAUUAUGAGGCUUGUUAUGCUGGCGGUGGUAUUGAUUGGGAAUCGGUUGAAUUUGAUCUCGAAUGUGAUUUGUUUGACGGAAAAGAUCACAUUUUGACUUAAGAAUGUCAUCCUUUUGUCCCACUUCAUCACUGUUUUCUUCCUCUCGCAACUUGCACAUAAGUGAUUUUCGGUUUUCUUGACGGCUCAUCGAUUCUGUCAUCAAAAGUUUACAUACCAUCACCCUUGUUCAAUUCUAUGAUUUCAUUUCCAUUUCAUGUCCUUCGGUAAGUGUUUAACAUCUCAUCAUGUUAUUAGACUUUCAAUCAUUCCUUGCGAUCUGUUAUUCUGACUUUUGUCAUUUUUCAUAACUUGGUUCUCCUCCAAACACCAUAAAAUCCUUGUCCAUAUAUCUCAUCAUUCCGCAAUAUUUCCUACCACUAUGGCUCAUAGAUUUUGUACCCUUGUAGAAUUCUUUCACAUAUUCCAUUUUUUUUAUUAUGAUAACAUGAACUGUGCAGAGAUAUUAUCAAUCAAAACUUGCUUCACUAUUACCGCAUACUUUUCAUUUAUUUCAGCGGCAAUUGAAGUUCAUACGUAACGUCGAGCAUGGUUACAAGGAGGUUAAAAUGAGAAAACAAAUGACAACAAACAGAGAGACUUCAAACUGCAACAAACAACAAACAGCACUCAUAGCCCAAAAAUUAAAUCAAAGUGGGAGAGAGU